CGGAAGCGGCGGGCCCGGCGCGGCGCUGCCGGAGGCGCGGAACGGCCCCGUCCGACCCCCCCCGACCCCCGGGACCCCCCCGGGACCCCCCCCGGACCCCCCCGACCCCUCCCCGAGCCCCCGGUCCCGGCCUCGGCCGCGGGCCCUCCCCCCCCGGGACCCGGCGCUAUGAUGCGGUUCAUGCUGCUGUUCAGCCGCCAAGGGAAACUGAGGCUGCAGAAGUGGUACCUGGCCACGGCCGACAAGGACAAGAAGAAGAUGGUGCGGGAGCUGAUGCAGGUGGUGCUGGCCAGGAAGCCCAAAAUGUGCAGCUUCCUCGAGUGGAGGGACCUCAAGGUGGUCUACAAGAGGUACGCCAGCCUGUACUUCUGCUGCGCCAUCGAGGGCCAGGACAACGAGCUGAUCACGCUGGAGCUCAUCCACCGCUACGUGGAGCUGCUCGACAAGUACUUCGGCAGCGUGUGUGAGCUGGACAUCAUCUUCAACUUCGAGAAGGCCUACUUCAUCCUGGACGAGUUCGUGAUGGGCGGCGAGAUCCAGGACACCUCCAAGAAAAGCGUCCUCAAGGCCAUCGAGCAGGCGGACCUGCUGCAGGAGGAGGACGAAUCUCCCCGCAGCGUCCUGGAGGAAAUGGGGCUGGCGUAGCCCCCCCUGCAAACCCCCACAAAUUUUUGGGGGACCCCCCCCUCAAAUAUUGAGGACCCCCCCCUCAAAUUUUUGGGGACCCCAUGGGACCAAUCCCAGCCUGGAGAAAAACGGGGGGAGGAGAAGGGGACACCCCCCUAUGGCCCCCCCAAAUUGUAAAUAUAUCUAUAAGGGAGGGGCCCCGAAUUUUUGGGGUCCCCA